AUGGCUGCGACAUCUGUAAAGAUACCUUUCAUGCGCCUUGCGAGACGCCAAGACGCGCCUCGCAUCGCGGAGAUUCACAUGGCGGCUUUUGGCUCCAACGCCCUGCUCCGUGCCCAGUUUCCAACCCCCGCCGUUCGCCAAGCGCUCCAGAAAUCCAUCGAGAACAAGGCCCUCGCCGACAUCGACGACCCGAAAACGGAUGUACUUGUGGUCAUUAUUGGUUCCAAUGAUCCGGAGAAUAGUCUCGAAAAGGUCAUCUCGUUUGUCAAAUGGUCACACCCCGUGAACCCCGGUGAGAACUACGUCGAGCCGCCCUGGGUAUGGCCAAAAGGCACCGACCUAGACCUCCUGGCAGCUUGGACCGCCCGGGCUGCUGAGGCUCAGAGUCGUUCCGUCGGGAGUACUCCCUUCUACCGCCUCACCUUCAUCGCCACCGACCCCUUACAUCGUAACCGCGGAAUUGGAUCCUUUCUGUUGCAGUGGGGUAUACGGCAUGCCUACAUGACCGGCUCACCACUGUAUCUAGAAAGCACCGAGGAGGCGGCCGAUUUCUACAAGAAGAAUGGGUUCGUAACUGGUGAGGUGAUUUCUCUUCCCGUUCGUGUUGACGGUAAUUCCGAGACCCAAAUCUACAAGGAGAUUGCAUUCAGCUAUCACCCUGUAAAGUAG